CUGCUGCCGCUGCUGCUUUUGCUUUUGGGGCUGAGUUUAAUAAGCGAGUGAGCGAGCGAGCGAGCGAGCGCAGGGGGAAAAAGGCAGAGAAUGUCCGCCAUCUACCCUCCGCUUCUGGGCGCGCUCUCAUUCAUAGCAGCCUCUUCAUGAAUUACAGCUGAGGGGGGGCGGGGAGGGGGGUACCACACAACACCCCGGCAAACCUCCGGGCCCCCAGGCAUGGCUAGCUCGUGUGCCGUGCAGGUGAAGCUGGAGCUGGGGCACCGCGCCCAGGUGAGGAAAAAACCCACCGUGGAGGGCUUCACCCACGACUGGAUGGUGUUCGUGCGCGGUCCGGAGCACAGUAACAUACAGCACUUUGUGGAGAAAGUCGUCUUCCACUUGCACGAAAGCUUUCCUAGGCCAAAAAGAGUGUGCAAAGAUCCACCUUACAAAGUAGAAGAAUCUGGGUAUGCUGGUUUCAUUUUGCCAAUUGAGGUUUAUUUUAAAAACAAGGAAGAACCUAGGAAAGUCCGCUUUGAUUAUGACUUAUUCCUGCAUCUUGAAGGCCAUCCACCAGUGAAUCACCUCCGCUGUGAAAAGCUAACUUUCAACAACCCCACAGAGGACUUUAGAAUAAAGUUGCUGAAGGCAGGAGGGGACCCUAACAGGAGUAUUCAUACCAGCAGCAGCAGCAGCAGCAGCAGUAGCAGCAGCAGCAGCAGCAGUAGUAGCAGCAGCAGCAGCAGCAGCAGCAGUAGCAGCAGCAGCAGCAGCAGCAGCAGCAGCAGUAGUAGCAGCAGCAGCAGUAGUACCAGUUUUUCAAAGCCUCACAAAUUAAUGAAGGAGCACAAGGAAAAACCUUCUAAAGACUCCAGAGAACAUAAAAGUGCCUUCAAAGAACCUUCCAGGGAUCACAACAAAUCUUCCAAAGAAUCCUCUAAGAAACCCAAAGAAAAUAAACCACUGAAAGAAGAGAAAAUAGUCCCUAAGAUGGCCUUCAAGGAACCUAAACCCAUGUCAAAAGAGCCAAAACCAGACAGUAACUUACUCACCAUCACCAGUGGACAGCAAAAUAAGAAGGCUCCUAGUAAAAGGCCCCCCGUUUCAGAUUCCGAAGAACUCUCAGCCAAAAAAAGGAAAAAGAGUAGCUCAGAGGCUUUAUUUAAAAGUUUUUCUAGUGCGCCACCGCUGAUACUCACUUGUUCUGCUGACAAGAAACAGAUAAAAGAUAAAUCUCAUGUCAAGAUGGGAAAGGUCAAAAUUGAAAGUGAAACAUCAGAGAAGAAGAAAUCAACUUUACCGCCAUUUGAUGAUAUUGUGGAUCCCAAUGAUUCAGAUGUGGAGGAGAAUAUGUCCUCUAAAUCUGAUUCCGAACAACCCAGUCCUGCCAGUUCCAGCUCCAGUUCCAGUUCUAGCUUCACACCGUCCCAGACCAGGCAACAAGGUCCUUUAAGGUCUAUAAUGAAAGAUCUGCAUUCUGAUGACAAUGAGGAGGAAUCGGAUGAAGGAGAGGAUAAUGACAAUGACUCUGAAAUGGAGAGACCUGUAAAUAGAGGAGGUAGCCGAAGUCGCAGAGUUAGCUUAAGUGAUGGCAGCGAUAGUGAAAGCAGUUCUGCUUCUUCACCCCUACAUCAUGAACCUCCACCACCCUUAUUAAAAACCAACAACAACCAGAUUCUUGAAGUGAAAAGUCCAAUAAAGCAAAGCAAAUCAGAUAAGCAAAUAAAGAACGGUGAAUGUGACAAGGCAUACCUAGAUGAACUGGUAGAACUUCACAGAAGGUUAAUGACACUGAGGGAAAGACACAUUCUGCAACAGAUUGUGAACCUUAUAGAAGAAACUGGACACUUUCAUAUCACAAACACAACAUUUGAUUUUGAUCUUUGCUCGCUGGACAAAACCACAGUCCGCAAACUACAGAGUUACCUGGAAACAUCUGGAACAUCCUGAGGAUACAACAACUGGAUGCAUCAAAAACUAUUGGUUUUUUGGUUUUUUUUUUUUUUUUUUUGGUUGUGAUUUUUUUUGUUGUUGUUGUUUAUAUGAAAACACCCAGAAUGAUGCAACCAAAAGGGAAAAAAUAAAAAUCAAACAACCUUCAGCUUUACUUUUCUUUAAAGCCAGUCAUCAUCUCUUGACGAAGGAGAGGUUAAGCAAACCAGCCUCAGUGGACCACUCUUCUCUCCAAGGGCAUCCCCGGGAAGAGUGAACCUGGAUAGCCUUGAAAACAAACAGAUCAAACACAACACAAGAAAACUUAAAGAAUGUGUAUGGUAUCAUGUAUCUCUCUCUGUGGUGGUUCAUUCCACAGGACGAAUGCAUAUUCAACACACUGCCUUAUUACAUAACUGAUCUAUUUAUUAUCGCAUACAGAUAUUCUAAAAUCGUUGAGGGAAUGACACCACCAGACAUUAUAAGUACUUGGUCCCGUGGAUGUUCUUUCAAUGCAGCGCCCUUGCCAUCCCAAGCCCAGUGACCUUACUCGUAUGCCUUGCCACUUUCCACCAACUUUUUCCAUGUCCUUUAACUCGUUGCAGUCUGUAUUUUCCACCUUUUGUUUUUCCAGUUCCAGGACACAAAUUGUCAACUGCGGGGGGACCAAAUAGCCAGCUUGAUUUUCCUCUUUGUGGUCUUUAUCCUGAAAGUGGGUGCCCAGUCCUUGGCUGUAUCCAUGUAAUGAUCUUGGACCAUGGUAGAAAAUGCAUCAGAUAGGAUCAUAUGAAUUGCUGUCUAGCCUUAGUUAAUAAAUCUGUAGGACUUUUAAAAGUGUACCGUAAACAUCCUGAAUCCAGCAUCGUUGAGCUGUCAUCAACAUUCUUGUGUCUGUUUUACUGUUAUAAUAUUAGGUAAUUACAGAAGUAAAGGCAUUACUCAGGAUCAUCAUUAAAAAAAAAAAAAGAAUUCUGGUCCUGUUUUCUAAAGAAAUGUAGAAAUUCUUAAUUUGGAUCUAUUUAUUAGUAAGAGUUUCAGCUUUCUUCAGCUGCCAGUGUGUAACUCAUCAUUACCAUAAAAAUUGGAAUAAGAGAUUUUUAUUCACAUAUGAUUCUCUUAGACUUUUUUAUAUUUGAAAAAUUAAAAUCUUUGGGGGAAAAUUUUUGGUUAUUCUGCCAUAGCAGAUUAUGUAUUAACUGGUAGAUUCAGUGGUUCAAUACCUGUUUAGUCACUUGCUAUUAUUUCCAGAAGGAUUUCUUGUAUUGGUGGAAGUAAAGAUGGUUGGGGAGGGAGGAUAUUUUUGUUCUUGUUGUACCCUUAUUUUGAAACUAGAAAUCUGUCCUGUGGCAUGCAAAAGAAAGCAGAUUAUUUUUAAAAGAAAGAAAAAAAAAAAACCAAAUACUUUUGGUGUCAUUAUUCCAUCCUCUCCAUAAAUGGAGAAAUGAAAAGUGAGAACAGCUCAUCUUCCAAGUUUUUACUAGGAACUCAACUGAAAAGAAAAGAAAUGAAGAAAUACUUCUGGGAUCCAAAGGUUCGUUACUGGAUCAGCCUUAAGAAAGUCUCUAUGUGUGCUAAUAGACCACUGUCUCCCCCGUUUGUUCUUUUGCCAGAUGCUGUCUUUUCAUACAGAGAUUAACUAGUGUCUGUACAGAAAAUGGUCUUUCCAGACCCAUUCUUUUGGGUAGUAAUGUAAAUGCAGAUUGAUAAUGGAGUUAUUUGUGCAUUUUAAAAGGAAGAUUUUUUUUACACUGUUUCUUUCUAUCCAAAGAAACUAUUUUUUCUUUUAAAAAAUUAUGAUACAGCCAUGCUCCUUGUAAAUUACUUCUCUGAAUCGUCCUCCCAGAGGACAAAUGUACUUUUUCAAUAAUGUUAUGAUUCUUAACGAUGAUUGGCAUGAACCGUACUUGAAGCAUUUGUUGUGUAGUCAGCUUCUCAAUGUGCAAUUACAGAGAAAGUUUCUGAGUCAUUUGGGAUGUUAGGUGACUGGAUUGUGUGGUUUUGUGUUUUUAACUUUACAGGUGGAAGGGGAGGAUUAAUGCUUAUAUGGAAAUGUUUGCAAAAUUUAAAAAUCUUUUAAAGUUUCUAACUGCUAAUUCACAUAUUCUAAUUAAACCAGAAAUUUAUGUGGUUUAACUGAUAUAUCUGUGUAGUUUAACUAGAAAUGUAUCUAUAUAGUUUGGGCCAUUUUUAUUUUUGUAACUAAAUUAUGUGGCAAAACUGUGAUUUGGCGAUGUAAAGAUUUUUUGUUCCUUAAGAUACUAACCAAGAAACUAGAUGAAGAUAAGCAGUGAUCAAACAAAAAGGAUAAGAAGGGCACCUAUUAUAGUGAUAAACUUUAGACCUGAAAACUAGGUAAUAAAACAGAUGCCUUCAGAAUAUUAUGAAAUGUUAGUCUGUAAAUUGAUAACAGAGUUCAGAAAAACUUCCCAAUCUGUCAUUCAUCAAGACAGCAAAAUGAGUUUUCCACAAAAUUCUGAGAGUGAGAGUCACAUUGUUGGUUUUUUUUCAAGUGAUACUCUUGCUCUCAUUGUCUGAUUUUAAAAUACAGAAAUAAUAAAUCCCUUUCACUUAAUUUCAAAGAGUUGUAAUACUUCUCUUAAAGUAACCCACUCAGUUCUACUGCAUUUAUAUACACUCACCUUUGAAACCUGUUAAGAAUAUCUUUGAGAUAUGUGUACCCUACAGUGGCUUUGGUUUUUUAAGCACAAAGGGAAAGUGGCAGGGUUUAAUUUCGUUGGUGUGUAUAUAUAUAUAUAUAUAUAUAAAUAGAUGUUUCAAGUAAAAUUAAUAAAUUAAUUGGGUAAAUGUGGUUUGAAUCAGCCAGAAUAUUGUAAGCUUUCUUUAAAUUUUUCCCCAGUGAUUUGAGGGGUGGGGGAUGUAUGUACAGAAUUGCCCCCCCCACCCUGCUGCCCAAUAAAUUAGCUUUUGCCUCUGGUUUUGCAGCAGGAUAUAUGUGAGAGGGUGCCCUUCUAUUUUAGGAUAUGACUGUCAUCUUAACAGCAAAAGUGUUUGCUUUUAUUUUGUAUCUUCACCACAAUCUGACUCUCUCUAUCUUUAUGUAGACAAGUAGGUAUGUCUAUAUAUGCUUGCAUAUUGUGUCAUUUUAGGGAACAAUACAAAAACCAGAUCAGAAGACAAAAGCUUUAGGAAAACAAUCUUCAUAAGAGGGUGUCCUAAAUAUGUUUAAAUUGCUAAACAAAUCUGUCUAAUCUGAGUAAUUACUUACCUUUUUGUGGAAAGAGCCAAUAAAAUUGGUUUCCUUUCACUAAAAAGUUUCUUCCACCAAAAAAGUUUUCACGGAUACCUUUUACCAACCCACCUAAUCAUUUGAAAAAAAAAAAAAAAAAUUCAGGCCUGCAUGACAUCCCAUUUACCAUUUCAAGCCCUGUGAAUGUAGCUAACAUACUUGUUUAAGAGAGACUUUACUCUUAAAUGUUUUGACUCUACCUACUUAAUGGAAUUGGAUGUUCAGUGUUGGAAAUGGUCAGUGUCUAUGUUUGGUGGCUUGUGUUCAUUUUUCUCACUGUGCAAGUGGUCAGCUCUGGAGUAAUUUGCUGUAUGCUUAUUACUUUCCAUCUUUAGCGUUUUGUGUACUAAUGCUAUGUACUGCUCCUAUAUUUAUAUAUAUACAUAUAUAUUAUCAGAGUGAUGUUGCUUUGGACUGUUGCUCUAAAGUUAUGACUAUGAUGUAGAGACUACUACAGCUGCAGUGAAUGUUAAGGAGUUGAUUCCCGUGGUUUAGUUUAGUCGUGGGCUGGAAGUCUACAUCUUUUGCCCUCUUGUUUUAUAUGAUGCUUUUUAUUAUGUAGGCACUGCCGUCCCUGAAUAUUCCUUAUAAAGAUGCGUUGAAGAAGUUGAUUUAAAAGGAAGACAAAGCCACCGCUGUCUGUAAACUGUAAAUAUGUAUUUUGGCCCUUGUACUCCAGUAUUCUGAAAAUAGAGUUAUGAUGGAAAUGCUGACAGAUCCUUAACGGUGGCCAGAGCUACCAUGCAGUGCAAAAAUAAAUGAAGUAAAAAUGUAUUCUUGAGAUUAACAGUGCAAGGCCAAUACGUUUUAUAAAUCUGUCAGUAUCUUUUUAAUGGAGUGUGUAUGUGUAGUUAUGUUGAAAGAUACACUGUGUAUGUGUGUGUACAUACUUCUGUGUGAACUACAAGGCACACGUAAGAUGUAUUUCCCAUCUCUAAAACCCGUGUUGAAAUGUAAGUACAGAUCAACAGAUAUAGAUGUUUUACUUAAAUUUUUAUCUAAUC